AUGGCUGACCACAGCGAUGUUAACGACAGGAAUAGCUGGUCAUAUCCAGCUUUACAAUCACAACUAUCUGAACAACCGAGGACAUUUGUCUAUCAAACACAACCAUUUACGAUAAGCGAACAAUUGGCAGAGAAAAAGAAGAAAGAAAAGAAAUGUCAUAGUAAUCGAAAGCUGCAACACUUCAAGCGCAAGUGUCGAGCCCGUGGUUUAACUGAAGAGCAAAUUCAGGAUUUAAUUCAAACGAAACAUCACACAAUAUCCGAACCAUCUAUAAGUGUUCAACUAGCUACGAGCCGUCCUAAACAGUCGAAUAAACGGAAGAGAGACUUAUCUAAACAAAAUCGUGUGUACAGUUCAAUGAAAUCACUCAGUCAAUUAUCAUUAUCAAAGAGGAAGAAGGCGAGAUAUAAUAGUAGGUCGUUAAGCAGUAAAGACAACACCAGUAGUUCAAAUAACCAUACUUGUACUGUAUACAAACAAUCAAAAUAUUUGAGGAUGCCACGAAAGCUACUUCUACAUUCAUUACGUCUGCAGUUGAAGCAUCCACUGAAACGGGAAAAAGAACGACACUUCAUUGUAGAACGUCUUCAACUACUUGAUCAACAGUUCUAUCUCGACCAUAUUCGAUGCCUCUAUCAAACUUAUUUUGAUCAAGGUCUUAAAUUUCAUAUGUGGCCUGAUGAUAUCCUUAAGAUUGCGCAAACAACAGAACGCAGUGUCAUCCAAAAGUAUCUCGAAGAGUACUUGAUAUUAUUACGAGACAAAAUCAAUCAUCAUCGUGUCCACUGA